UUCGCGUCGCGUGCUUCCCCUGCUCGGCUUCUCCUCGUUCGCCUUCGCAUCGCCAAUGCUAGAGCUCGUGGUGGAGUUUUGAUGGCUGCCAAGAACGCUAUGGAGGGCUUCACGAAGGCGGUGGCUAAUGAUGUGCGGAGAUGGGGAGCGAUGAAGCAGACUGGGGUGAGCCUUAGGUAUAUGAUGGAGUUUGGAUCGAGGCCAACGGACAGGAAUCUUCUUUUAUCGGCGCAAUUCCUCCAUAAGGAACUCCCGAUUAGGAUUGCGAGGCGGGUCAUUGAGCUUGAGAACUUGCCCUUCGGGCUCUCUCAGAAGCCUGCUGUUUUGAAGGUGAGAGAUUGGUAUCUGGAAUCUUUUCGAGAUGUCCGCUCUUUUGGAGAUAUCAACGAUAAGCAUGACGAAUUGGCUUUCACUGAAAUGAUCAAGAUGAUCAAAGUUAGGCAUAACCAUGUGGUGCCAACUAUGGCUUUAGGUGUACAACAGCUUAAAAAAGACUUGAAUGUCACUGCUGCAUUCAAAGAUCUUGAAGAAAUUCAUCAAUUUCUUGACCGGUUUUACAUGUCAAGAAUUGGAAUCCGGGUGCUUAUAGGACAGCAUGUGGGUUUGCAUGAUCCAAGCCCAGAGCCUGGUUGUGUUGGUCUAAUAAACACCAGAAUGUCGCCUGUGCAAGUGGCUCGUGCCGCCAGUGAAGAUGCCCGCAGCAUUUGCUUAAGGGAGUAUGGUAGCGCGCCAGAAAUCAAUAUAUAUGGAGAUCCAGAUUUCACUUUCCCUUAUGUUCCGCUGCAUUUGCAUUUGAUGGUGUUUGAAUUGGUCAAGAACUCCCUGCGUGCCGUUCAAGAACAUUUUGCCGACUCAGACAAAGAUGUGCCACCUGUUAAAAUAAUUGUUGCUGAUGGGGCUGAGGAUGUUGCAAUAAAGAUCUCUGAUGAAGGAGGUGGCAUACCAAGAAGUGGCCUCCCAAAAAUUUUCACAUAUCUAUACAGUACUGCAAAAGAUCCUCCUAUUGAAAAUUACAGCAUCAGGGAGCGCGGCGGAGUGGUUAUGGCUGGAUAUGGUUUUGGACUUCCAAUCAGUAGGCUCUAUGCUAAAUAUUUCGGUGGUGAUCUUCAGAUUAUAUCAAUGGAAGGAUAUGGAACUGAUGCCUAUCUUCAUCUGUCGAGAUUGGGGGACUCACAAGAACCACUCCCAUGAGACAUCGGGCCGGUUUUUUGCAGAGAGGCAGCAUUCAACACCAUCAUUUUAGUUGGUUUUUAAAGAAUAGAAUCAAUAGAUUAUAUCAUUAGACUUAUUUUCUAACAUCUGCUUUAUGUCAAUGUUGUUGUGUAUAUAAUUAUUAGUAAUAUUAACAAGGGAGCAAGAAUCUAGAGCUUCUGCAGAGAAUGCUUGUGCUUAAAUCUAUGUAAU